UAUAGAGGGUAUUGGGUGGUGGGUGAUGGGCGGUUAGCUGGGGUGAGUGUGCAUCCAGCUCAGACGAUUACCUCAACGUGGCCCAAAGACAAAGACAUGAGCAUGGAAUGGUGUCAGAGAGAGAGAGGGAGAAAGUAAAUCGAUACGGCUUAGGCCCCACUCCGUUGACCUGUUCGAUCCGUUCGCAUUGCUGGGGCUUCCAGCUGAGGGCUCUGCCCAGCUGGCGGGCCCAAUUUGCCGUGCAGCUCGGCUCAGUCGACAGCAUGGAACGUUGGCGCAACAAAGUAGCCGUGGUGAGCGGCGCCAGCGCUGGCAUCGGUGCCGCCUGUGCCCGGGCCUUGGUCGGUGCCGGUCUGUUGGUUGUGGGCCUGGCCCGACGCCAGGAACGCAUCGAGCAGCUGCGCGCCCAGCUGCCGCUGCCCCAGCAACAACGUCUGCACGCUGUCCAAUGCGAUAUAACGUGCGAAUCGCAAGUGCUGCAGGCAUUCGACUGGACCAAGCGACAGCUGGGCGGUGUCCAUGUGCUGGUCAGCAAUGCGGGCAUCAUGGCCACCACGGAGCUGAGCGGUGCCGGCAAUACGCAACCGAUACGCGACACCAUCGAGACAAACAUAAUGGGCAGUGUCUAUUGCAUACGCGAGGCAUUUCAGGCGAUGCGCUCGCAGCAGCAGCAAAAGCAGCCGGGUCAUGUGAUCAUUGUUAACAGCGUGGCGGGGCAGCAGGUGCCAAAUCUGGGCACACAGCUGCCCUCGCUGAACAUCUAUCCGGCGAGCAAGUUUGCUCUGCGCGCCAUGCAGGAGAUCUAUCGACAGGAGUUUCAGCGUCACAAGACCCAAGUCCGGGUCUCGACAAUCAGCCCCGGCAUUGUCGACACAGACAUCUUGCCCGAGCAGCUGCAGAUCGUCAUCAAGCAGCACAUGCCCAUGCUACGCGCCGAGGAUGUCGCCGAUGCCAUACUGUGGACCAUUGGCACGCCAGCCAAUGUGCAGGUGCAAAACAUCACCAUCAAGCCGCAGGGUGAAAAGUUUUAGGCGCCGUACGCAUUCAACUUCGGCAUUUGCAAAGGCAGAUUAUACCUUAUAUAUGCAUUAUAUUGAUGAACCAAAUAUAUACACUGUUCAC